CCAUAUAUAUACUUUGUUGGGAGGAAUUAGCUUUCAAUCUUACGAUUGAGUCUCUAAUUUUCCAGUGUCCACAAGAGAAGCAAAAGAAUGGAGUACCUUCUUCCACUUCUUCAGAUCACCAUAGUGUGUGUAACCAUUUAUGUACUCAUCUCAAGCUUCAAACCAAUGAAAACAUCAAAAUACCCUCCAGGGCCUCACCCUUUUCCCAUCAUAGGAAACAUCCUGGAGCUUGGAAAUCAGCCUCACCAAGCACUUGCCAAACUUUCUCAAAUUUAUGGUCCUAUUAUGAGUCUCAAGCUUGGUAGCACUACCACCAUCGUCAUUUCAUCUCCACAUGUUGCCAAAGAAGUACUGCAAAAACAUGAUCAAAUCUUUUCCAACAGGACAAUCCCAGAUACUCUUCGAGCUCUUGAUCAUCACAUACUUUCAGUGGUGUGGAUGCCACCUUCAGCACUGUGGAGGACCCUUAGGAGAGCUUGUGCCACCAAAGUGUUCUCUUCUCAGCAGCUUGAUUCCACGCAAGUUUGUCGACAGAGGAAGGUGCAAGAAUUGAUGGAUUAUGUCAAGGAAAGNUCUCUUACCAAUGAAGGACUUUGUUUGUACCCAACAUGA